CAACAAAAUGACUAACAAGCACAAGCACAUACAGUGCUUAGGGAGGACACUACAGUCCAUUGUUUGAGUAUUGAGAGCAAAAUUUGCAUUCCUAGAAAAGCUUUCUCCCAAUCAGAAUACAAAACAAAUUCUUUAAUAUUCGUGGGCGACAGCAUUAAUAACAAGAAAACACUCUGAACGUACCUCUUCUUUUCAUGGGGUACUCAACACAUUUAAUUGGCAGUGAGAGAAGCUGUUUAAACAAGGCAAGUGGUUUAGAUCUUGCUGUAACAACUGUGGUCAGCUGAGCCUGGGAGUGGAAGGAACAUGGCUGAUCCUACUCUUGAGACUUGUUUACGAGGAGAGUGAGAAGCAGUGCCUCCACUUCUCAGUCAGAGAACUCGGUGCACACGAAAUCAGCAUCUGCUGUGUCUUCAGAUUCCAUUUCAACUUCUGCAGACAACUUUUCUCCUGACUUGAGGGUCCUGAGGGAGUCAAACAAAUUAGCAGAAAUGGAGGAACCAACCCUGCUUCCAGGAGAAAACAUUAAAGACAUGGCCAAAGAUGUGACUUACAUAUGUCCCUUCACUGGUGCUGUACGAGGAACGUUGACGGUCACAAAUUACAGAUUAUAUUUCAAGAGCAUGGAACGGGACCCCCCAUUUGUUCUAGAUGCUUCUCUUGGAGUGAUAAGUAGAGUAGAAAAAAUUGGUGGUGCAUCUAGCCGAGGCGAAAACUCUUAUGGCCUGGAGACUGUGUGCAAGGAUAUCAGGAAUUUACGAUUUGCUCAUAAACCAGAGGGGCGAACAAGAAGAUCCAUAUUUGAGAAUCUAAUGAAAUAUGCAUUUCCUGUGUCUAAUGGCUUGCCUCUUUUUGCUUUUGAGUAUAAAGAAGUAUUCCCUGAAAAUGGGUGGAAACUGUAUGACCCCCUUCUAGAAUAUAGAAGGCAGGGAAUUCCAAACGAAAGCUGGAGAGUAACAAAGAUAAACGAACGCUAUGAACUUUGUGACACGUACCCUGCCCUCUUGGUUGUGCCUGCAAACAUCCCUGAUGAGGAGCUAAAGAGAGUGGCGUCUUUCAGGUCCCGGGGCCGGAUCCCAGUUUUAUCAUGGAUUCAUCCUGAGAGUCAAGCCACAGUCACGCGCUGCAGCCAGCCCAUGGUGGGGGUGAGUGGCAAGCGCAGCAAAGAGGACGAGAAGUACCUGCAGGCCAUCAUGGACUCCAAUGCCCAGUCUCACAAAAUGUUCAUAUUUGAUGCUCGGCCAAGUGUCAAUGCUGUUGCCAAUAAGGCAAAGGGAGGAGGUUAUGAAAGUGAAGAUGCCUAUCAAAAUGCAGAACUCGUUUUUCUGGAUAUUCACAAUAUUCAUGUUAUGAGAGAAUCAUUACGAAAGCUUAAGGAGAUUGUGUACCCCAACAUUGAGGAAACUCACUGGUUGUCUAAUUUGGAAUCAACACACUGGCUGGAACACAUUAAGCUCAUUCUUGCAGGGGCUCUUAGGAUUGCUGACAAGGUAGAGUCAGGGAAGACGUCCGUGGUGGUGCACUGCAGUGAUGGCUGGGAUCGCACAGCUCAGCUCACUUCCCUGGCCAUGCUCAUGUUGGAUGGAUACUACCGAACCAUUCGAGGAUUUGAAGUUCUUGUGGAGAAAGAGUGGCUAAGCUUUGGACAUCGAUUCCAGCUAAGAGUUGGCCAUGGAGAUAAGAACCAUGCAGAUGCAGACAGAUCACCUGUUUUCCUUCAGUUUAUUGACUGUGUCUGGCAGAUGACAAGACAGUUCCCUACUGCAUUUGAAUUCAAUGAAUAUUUCCUCAUUACCAUCCUGGACCACUUGUACAGCUGUUUAUUUGGGACAUUCCUCUGUAACAGCGAACAGCAAAGGGGGAAAGAGAAUCUUCCUAAGAGGACAGUGUCAUUGUGGUCCUACAUAAACAGCCAGCUGGAAGAUUUCACUAAUCCUCUCUAUGGGAGCUACUCCAAUCAUGUCCUUUACCCAGUAGCCAGCAUGCGCCACCUAGAACUCUGGGUGGGAUAUUACAUAAGAUGGAACCCCCGGAUGAAACCACAGGAACCUAUCCACAACAGAUACAAAGAACUUCUUGCCAAAAGAGCAGAGCUUCAGAGAAAAGUAGAGGAACUUCAGAGAGAAAUUUCCAACCGCUCAACCUCCUCUUCAGAGAGAGCCAGCUCUCCUGCACAGUGUGUGACUCCUGUCCAAACUGUUGUAUGAAAGAACUAUUAGUCGGGGCAUCGUUGCCAGGAAGUUGACAUUACAGCACCUUAUUGGUAGAAAGCCUUCCGUGUUUUAAACCCAUCUAUGGGAGAAACCUUUAGAUGCUGUAUUUAUUUCAAGUCUCUCUUAGAUGAGUUUAGAAACGCCUGGUGCAGGUGACAAUGGAAAUCAUUUCAUUUGUAAUUAAAGAUGACACUAAUCUUUAGUCACCCAAAGAAUACUCAAGUACUGGAAUCCUGUAUCCACAGUGGGAACAAAUUUUUAAUUUAAAGAUGUCUUAAAAAAACUGAGCACCUGACAGAUAAGAUCUCUAGGUGGGAGAAAGGCAAGAGCAGCUGUUCUUAUACCUGAGAGCAUACGUACUGCACCUUGAUGGACAUGUGAGAGCAAAAUCACUUCUCAAAUUUCCCAGUUUUUGUGGUAUUUAAUAUAGUAAAAAGCAUUGUCUUGAGAUUAUGAUGGCGUAUCAGUAGUUUAAGAUUGCUGCUGACAUUGUAAUUAGGGUAUUUUCAACGGCAGUUAGGAAAUGAUGCCUUAUAUAUGUGCUUUGGUGGGGGGAUGAAGGGACAAAGCAGUAACUGUCAUCCAGGAAUUCAAAGAACAUUCCAGACCCUUCAGACUAAUUUCCAUUUGUGUGCUGAUCACUAACAUCACAGAAGACAUUUUAGAAACUAUUACUCUACUUUAUCUUAAUGCUAAUUGGCAAGUUUUAAGACAGUAUUUUAAAACCUUCCAAGUCUGACUUUAGUGCUCUGUUUAAGUUUCACAUGAACACUUUACCAAAGAACACACUGCAUGUAAAGAGUUACAAUCUCAGUGCCAGCAAGUAAAGCCUUGUUUCUCUACUCACUGGAGUUGGGUGCUGGUGUGAACAGUUCACCUCCUGGUGUCUAUUUACUCUGUAUAAGAGCCAUAUGUAAUGUACUGUAUGUAACAAAGGAGCUUAUUACCACUUGGGCUUUUAAUUAAAUGACUUCAAACUUUG